AUGAAGCCAUCAUUACACAUAUUGAAAGGUAGAUCCUCGUGGAAGGGACCUCAUGUUGUUCCAUUACCUAUAGCUAAUGCUAUCAAAACCGGAGUUCCUAUUAGAACAAACGCAAGAAGUUGUACUGUCUUACCACAAUUUGUUGGUUUAAAAUUUCAAAUACAUAACGGUAAGGAAUAUGCUGAAGUUGAAAUAACUGAUGACAUGGUUGGAAGUAAAUUGGGAGAGUUUGCUGCUACUAGAAAGAGAUUCACAUACAAAUUCUCGAAGAAUUAA